UGAAAUCCCUGCUCGGAGCUGUCAGAGCAGAGCAGCUCCAGCCAGCUGACUUAUGCCGCGUUCCAUUUGUCCUCGGAAGUGGGAGAUUCCCAGUUCCCAGUCGGAAUUUUCAACUGGAACGCCCCUCGAAGUGGGAUUUCCUACUGGGAAAGUGGGAGAGUCUUCACCACCCCCGAGUUCACAUUCCAAGAUGGCUGCCCCGGUUGUAAACAGUAGAAGAGAGCUCUGUAAAAAUUCGUAGCACUUCAUUCUAGUUUUGGUCACACUAAAUCAGUCGUAUACAAGUAUUGUUCGGGAUAUAUAUGCUGCUAUAGUGUAAUUUACAUUUUUCAUGUGGUAUAUGCGAACUACAAACUUGUUUACCUACUUUGUAACUGGAACGCUGAUAACUCGACUGUGACGUCAUUCCCAGUUCCGAGUUCCGACUUCCGAGGUAAAUGGAACGCAGCAUAACACACGCGCUCCCAUGACACAACAUUAGAAGGCGCACAUUAAGUAGAGCAACUUUCCUGAAAACAGCUAUUGGGGAGACGCUUGCAGUGUUUACGGAGCAACUGUUGCACAUGCAAUUGAAUGUAGUCCCGUCACAGUGGUUUAGAUCCUCGAGAUUACUUCCGAAACAUCUAUUUCAUAUUUGAUAUGGGAGUUGUAGUUUUCAGGUGUUUUUUUUCUUCCUUGCUUGAAUAUGUUGAAUGUUUGAGACUGUAAUGGCUUGCAGUGGUUUAAUGUUUACUUAACAAAAAUAGUUUUACGUGUUUAUUUCAAAUUGCAAGUGGAUGAUUAAAACCGACGUAAAGCUAAGUCGUUUUUUUUUCGUCUGGUGACCCGUCUAGUCUUACACAACACUGUCUUAGAUAAAAAGGCAACUCUAGGACAUUUUGUUUCUUGUUUUUUAUGAGGGAGGCGUACACCAAUACAAACUAAAAUGUACAUUUUGCUUAGCAGCUCUCAAGUAAUAUAGACAAUUGAAACGCCUAAGUGUAGGUAAACAGUGCAGGACACCGUGAACUUCAGCGACCACGAACUACGUUUCCCAUAGUUCAUAGUUCCCUACUGUACUUCUGUUUGCGCAUGCGCAGUGGAGAUAUUUGGCAUCAAGUUGGCCGGAACAGCGGGUGAUAAAAUGCACAAGCUGAAGUCAUCGCAGAAGGACAAGGUUCGGCAGUUCAUGUCCUUCACUCAGGCAGGGGAGAGGACAGCCGUGUACUGUCUGCUGCAGAAUGACUGGAAACUAGAAGUCGCCACAGACAACUACUUCCAGAACCCAGACCUCUACUACAAAGAAUCCAUGAAAACCUCAGUGGACCGCAAGAAGCUGGAACAGCUCUACAGCAGAUACAAAGACCCCCAGGAUGACGGUAAGAUAGGCAUCGAUGGAAUCCAGCAGUUCUGCGAUGACCUGAUCCUGGACCCAGCAAGCAUGAGCAUCCUGGUGGUGGCGUGGAAAUUCAGAGCCGCCACUCAGUGCGAGUUUAGCAGGAAAGAGUUCCUGGAUGGCAUGGCAGAGCUGGGCUGUGACAGUCCUGAAAAACUUAAGGCCAUCCUUCCCAGACUGGAGCAGGAGCUGAAAGACAGUGGAAAGUUUAAAGACUUUUACCAGUUUACCUUCAACUUUGCCAAGAACCCAGGCCAGAAAGGUUUAGAUCUAGAGAUGGCUGUGGCUUACUGGAAUCUAGUUCUCACAGGCCGAUUUAAAUUCUUGGAUCUGUGGACGCGCUUCCUGCUGGAGCAUCACAAGCGAUCAGUUCCCAAAGACACAUGGAACCUCCUCUUGGACUUCGGCAACAUGAUUGCAGAUGACAUGUCAAAUUAUGAUGAGGAAGGGGCCUGGCCUGUCCUCAUUGACGACUUUGUGGAGUUUGCCCGGCCGAUUGUGGCAGGGAAUAACCUUAACAUGACAUAACGGUCGUCCCAGAUUUAUGCAGCGGAUGGAGCUUGUUACUUCCGAUUUAUUUCUUUUUCCUGAAUGAGGGUUUUUAUACAAAUGAGCCAAAAAGAGACUACUCACUAAUUCUGACAUCAAGAAUGUUCUUCCAGCUGCAUAAGAUGCCUGGGAUGAUGAGUGAUCUGGAGAACAACAUCUGUGGAGAGGAGAGCAGGAAGACAAACAAGAGGAAAGGAAAUUCUUUUGUUGCGGUCAGCAGGCAGAGACUGACUUUGGAAUUGUGAUAUGGAAAUUGAGUACACUGAUUAUUACUCAAACUACCAGUCGGGUGAAACUUGAACUGCUUCUGUGGACUCUUUAAUGAGCACCCUCACCAGAGAAAAGAGUCAGAGUGAGCUUUUAAAACAUGCACAGUAUUAAGUUAUAGAUUCCCUAAGAUGUUGUCUACUUUACAAUUAUGAAUGGAACCAUAUGUUCAAAUCUGCAUGUUUUGUCAGUGUUAAGCAGUUGCGUGGAUGUCGAGGAAAGCCGUAAUUUUAUCUUUCUUUCACUGAGGUUGUGAAUGUGUCACAUCAGAGGAAAUGUGUGGUUGCUUUUCUUUUUUGUUGUUGUAUGUGUAUAAUAGGUAUUGUAUCCUUAACCAUACAAUGUCUAAUCAUUUCAUUUUAUUUGUAUUUUUCGUUGAUGUACUGUGUUAGGAAAUUUUGAUUUAGCUAUAUGUAGUGAGAUUGAAAAUGUUUAAAUUCAUAUUUUGUACUGCAGUUGAGAAUUGGAUCGAGCAACACGCUCUUUGAGAUUAACACCAGCAGUAUGACAGUUCUGAAAUAGGGUUCAUGUAGAAAUAAGGUGAAAUUGUAGAACAAAAAUGUAUAUCUGAGAAAAUAGCUAAAGGCAUUUAUAAUUGAGAUUAGUGCAUAAUAAGCAUGAAACACCAAUUUUUAAAAUACAAAAGCAUGACAUUGCUUUGUUUGAGAAACUGACUGGCAAGUUGACUGUUUUCUAUUAUCCAGGUGAAGACUAUCAUCUCUACAAACUGCACUGAUUUAAAAAAUGUUUUCUGUUGUAGGACUUUAUUUUUCAGAUCAGGCUGUAGAACAACUGUAGAUGAAUUCAGUUUACAUGAUGGUAUGUUUUCUUUUUUCUUUUUAAGAACAACCUCACAGCCAACAGUAUUUAAAAUGUCUGUUUACAGUUUUGGAGGUCAGCUGUUGCUUUUUAUGGAUUAAUACCUCUGGCCUGUUGGUCAAUGAUGGCUCUUUGUGCUGCCAUCUUGGGAUGGCUGAGAAUUACAGCAUUUGUCAUCGUACUGUAGCCACAUGUGACAUCAAAAACACGAGCCUUUUUAACUUGUAGCAGUCAGGGUAGCAGUGGGUUGUUUUUUUCUUAUAAGCUUUGGUGUUACUUUACAACUCUAUAAAAACGUUACACUCAUAUGAAAAGCAGUGUGUCAGCAGGUAGAGCUCAGGUAUUAGUCAUCUUUCUGUCCUGAGCAGCAUAGCUCAUCUUGUUCUGCCGGUGGUUGCUGCUGCCAAAGCCAAACCUUUGCCACAAUUUGUGAAUAAGGAUGGACUGUUUCCCUGUGUCACAGUUAUCUACAGGGUAAAUACCUGCCUUUAAGUAGGUUCGUACACGCUUGUUACAAUUCUUCUUUUUUUUUCUGUCACAAAGAUACAUCUGUGCUUUGAUAAGUUCAGUCUUAAAAUUCAUUACAAAUUCAGUCCAUGAUAGAAUGGAGUGGCAAAAAGGCAAACGUUUUAGGAGCCGAUAAGGGUUGUCACAUUGUUAAUCAUCAUAACUAAGCAAGGUCAGUACAUUUUUAUUUAAUAAGGUUCCCGUAAAGUGCUUCUGACUGUGACAUUACACUUCAGCUGAACUAUCAAACUACAAAGUUCUGAAUAAACAUAUCAUGGUCACAGCAGUGAGAUGUGAGAAGUUGAAAUUACAUUCUCUGUGGUUCCGGAGCAAGAAGACCUAUUGGUAUAGUGACGUGGUCGGUACGUUUUUAGUUUACACAUCUGUGUUCACUAUUUCUAGUUUUGCAUAUAUAUAUAUAUAUAUAUAUAUAUAUAUAUUUUAUUUUUCUUUUUUUUUUAGCAAUGCUGACCUGUUGCUAAUAGCAUAUCAGCAUUUUACAGGUCAAAAUGUCACGUAAAUUGGUCCCAUUACAGAAUGUCAAUAAAGCAUGUUGUUUUUAAGUUCCAUUUAUCUUUUUACAGCUUCCUGCUCAAGGAUACAGGUCACUGAUUUGAUUAUAACUACAGAACAUAGUGUAUGUUUUGGUUGGUAAAAAGACCAGAGAAACAGGGAUGUUUUUUGAUAUUGAUGCUCCAUGGGACAAUGUAUGGGACAAAUGUAAACAUAAAUUAAAAAAAACAU